CUUUUCCGCUCUCUCUUCCCAUUGCAAGGAGUGGCCCGGAAAUAACCGGAGGAGCGGCAGGAGGAGAAUACUGAUUCUUGAUCCUCUCUUUCCUUCUGUUCGAAGUUUCCCGACUGAGAUUCGUUUGGCUGCUUAGUUGGUCGCGUUUUGGAUUUUUUCACGGCAUCAUAAAAUGGCUUCAGAGCAGAUAAAGCCAAGAGAUGUAUGUGUUGUCGGUAUUGCGCGUACGCCUAUGGGUGGGUUUCUUGGUGCUCUGUCUUCUUUGUCUGCAACACAACUUGGGUCUAUUGCAAUCAAGCAUGCUCUUGCAAGGGCAAACCUUGAUCCAGCACUUGUACAAGAAGUCUUUUUUGGCAAUGUCCUGAGUGCGAAUCUUGGUCAAGCUCCUGCUAGGCAGGCUGCUCUCGGCGCUGGAAUACCAAAUACAGUUGUCUGCACCACCAUAAACAAAGUUUGUGCAUCUGGAAUGAAGGCUGCAAUGCUGGCAGCACAAAGUAUCCAGCUGGGUAUUAAUGAUAUAGUUGUAGCUGGUGGCAUGGAAAGCAUGUCGAAUGCCCCCAAGUAUAUUGCAGAAGCAAGAAAAGGAUCUCGAUUUGGUCAUGAUACUAUUGUUGAUGGGAUGCUUAAGGAUGGUUUAUGGGAUGUAUAUAAUGACUUUGCCAUGGGAAAUUGUGCUGAAUUAUGUGCCGUUCAUCAUUCAAUAACAAGAGAAGAACAGGAUGCUUAUGCUAUUAAGAGCAAUGAGCGUGGAAUAGCUGCUCGGGACAGUGGUGCCUUCACAUGGGAAAUUGCUCCAGUUGAAGUUUCUGCAGGCAGAGGAAAGCCAUCAGUAGUUAUUGACAAGGAUGAAAGUCUUGAAAAAUUUGAUCCUGUAAAACUAAGGAAGCUUCGACCAAGUUUCAAGGAGAAUGGUGGUACAGUGACAGCUGGAAAUGCAUCUAGUAUAAGUGAUGGUGCUGCUGCCUUGGUACUUGUAAGCGGGGAGAAGGCUCUUGAAUUAGGAUUGCAAGUGGUUGCAAAGAUCAGAGGAUAUGCUGAUGCUGCUCAGGCCCCUGAAUUAUUCACAACAACACCCGCACUUGCAAUUCCGAAAGCUAUUUCAAGUGCUGGCUUGGAGGCUUCUCAAGUAGAUUAUUAUGAAAUUAAUGAAGCUUUCUCUGUUGUUGCCCUAGCAAAUCAGAAGCUUCUCUCACUUCCUUCUGAGAGAGUGAAUGUGCAUGGUGGAGCUGUGUCCUUGGGGCACCCUCUAGGUUGCAGUGGAGCUCGUAUUCUGGUUACCUUGCUGGGGGUUCUGAGACAUAGAAGUGGCACAAUUGGAGUUGCUGGUGUUUGCAAUGGUGGUGGGGGGGCUUCUGCACUUGUCUUAGAGCUCGUGUCUCAUGCAGGAUUGAUGCGUUCAUUGUUGUGAACCAAGUCUGUAAUCAAUUUACAAGUCUUUCGUCAUAUGUAUAUUUCCUCUUUAUAGACCAACUUAUAUUUUACAGAACUUUUGUAGUAGUUUGUCUGGUGAGCCAUGGUUGUGGAUGAAUUAACUGUGUGAUUGCAGGACAAUUCAAGUAUGCAUUUGUCAUCUUCAGGGGAAGAAGGCCUACCAAACAUCCUUCAUGUAGUAUUGUAUUUUUCCUAUAUUUUAGCAUAAAUCUUCCAACCUGACUUUAAGAAAGAGAAUGUGCAUGUACUGUUUAGGCAAGAGGUAUUGUUCCUCUUUAACUUAUAUUUCAUCAAUAAAGUUCACAGCUGGAUGUCCAUAAAUUUCAAUA